GGCAAGGGCGUGCGCAAAGGCGUCCGCGCAGACGCGGACGUUGUGCCGCCCAUACUCACUACCAACAAUGAGCUGUUGAUGGGAGCUCUUAUGUCCUGUAUGGACGGCAACAGCGGUGUGGUAGAAGGAGCAACUUCGGUAUCACUGUUGCUCGUAGAAUUGGUUUCGCCAGAUGUAAUGUAUAACGGGCUUCCAUGGCCUGACGAAGAUUUCACCAAGCAAGUGAGCAUCGAGCGCGAGCUGCGCCGCCGCGCGGCCCGCGCUGUGCCUGGCCUCGGCGCUGCUGCGCGCCACGGCCGCCACGCUGCUGCACCGCCUGCGCGCCUACCUGGAUCGACACACGCAGUCGGCAGAGAUGGUUCGAGAACUAGCUGCGUUAACAGAACUGCUCGCCACCAUGACACUGGGACAACUACUGCCCCAUCCGUUGAGCCACAUGCUGGAACUAGCACCACAACUCACAGCUGGCGAG